AUGACGCUCAAGCACAGCCAAGCGCGGGUGGGGCCUCAACGCUGGUUCCGCCAUGUCCAAACUUUGUGUGCCAUGGCCGCACCCAUGCCGCCCUCCUCUUCAUCACACAAGAGCAGCGCGAGCAGGCACCCAAUGCCUCGCCAAGCCCCGCACAUGGGAAUGGGAUGCGCCUUCCGGCCUGGCCCAAACGUCGCUCCCCUCCUCCCCCCCUCCCCCCGUGCCAUCCCGACCCCUGCAGUGGCUGCAAAACACCUGCGCUGCCUGCCCACCACCACCACCACCACCGCCGCCGCCGAUGUCCUCGUCCACCCCCACGAAACAUCAUGCGAAGCUAUACUUGUCCCUGCUUUGUCACACGUCGCCCUCAAUGCACACACCCGCCCACACACCCACACACCCACACAAACACCCCCAGCCAUGGCCCGCUGUCGCUGCAAAGGCUCCCCCCUCGACUGGCCAAUGUCGGCAUCCCGCCCGCCCAUGCAGCCUCCCCCCAAGGUCACGCCAAGUCAUGCGUCCUGUAUCCAGCCCAGUUGA